AAAGCGGCGAUUUUCAAAACAAAAACGUUGAGCAUGUGUAUGAUUAUGAACAUAGUUAAUCAUAUUACAAGCAACAAAAGACAAGAUUUAAAAAUUGAUAUAACCCCAACUAGAAUGACAGAAGGUAGAAAGCACAAAACUUGCCAUGAUAUUCAACAUAAAGUAAAGCGGUCUAGAGUUUAUUCACCUUCAUGUAACUCAUCAGAUGAAUCCACAAUAGAAAUUACUUGGGACAACAACUCACCAAGCCCACGACGCCCAUUUUCAGGAAGACGCAAAAAAUCAGACAUUACAUCAAUUAUAAAAAGAAUCUCUAAAAAGAAAAACUCUGAUUCGAUUCAAAAAGAAACUGAUGAAAGUUUGUUGACUACAUGGAAGCUUAGAAACCUACCAUUUUCAAAUUCCUUGCAUGUGUCAAAACCAAAGCGGUUAACCACACGGAGCUCUAUACAAAAAACUGUUGCUACAAAGUUUAACGAUGAAUUGAAACGUUUUUUGGAAGGAGUUAACACUGUUGGUUUUAACACAAUAGAAGAUUCAUGCAUGAGAAGAUCACCUCGUCUUCUUGCUAUGAACACCAAAAUAAAUUCAAGUCCUCUUGCAUUAGAACAUGUUGUUACUAAUAGUACUGUAGCAAGCACCAAUAAUGUUCUAACUAAUGGUACACCAUAUGAGAAACAAGAACUUUCUAAAAAUAGUUCUUUUUGUAAAACACCUAUAAGUUCAACUACUUGCACAGCUUCUACAAGUUCAACCGAUUGCCGAACUUCUAUCAAUUCAAAUAUUUGUACAACACCUGUUUGUCCAAAAUCUGAAAAAAAUAAACUAUUAUCUGAAAAGCAAAAAAUUCCAUUAACUCUUUCAAAAAAUUCUAUUGAUUUUAAUAAAACAGUAAAAUCAUCAUUUGACAUGAUUGAUAUUGAUCUAAAUGAUGGCUUGGAUGCUAUCAUAUCAAACCAUAUUGAAUGCUAUGAACACAAAACAUUGCUAAAUAAAAGAAAUUCCAACCAAUCAGUGAAUAAAGAUGAUUUAUUUACUAAGAUUAAAACAGACAUUUUAAAAAAAAGUACAGAAUGUGUCCUUGAUAAAUCUGAAAUAGUUUCAACUCCAAAAAGACAGUUAGUUGAUUUUAAUGAUCUUGAUGAUUUUGAUAGCUUGCUUAUGAGUCUUGAUGAUGAAGUAAGAUGCAAAAGUCAAGAAGUAACUCGUUUAACACCAAGUCAGCGUGUUUUAAAAGCUAGAAGCAUGACAUCACCGUUCCCUCUUAAUAAUAGCGUAUCUAGACAUUCAGUUCAGGUACAAGAAAAAUUAACUGAAAAUCUUAAUAAGUCGAUUGGUUUGGAUGUUUUAAGUCUUAAAUCUCCAGUUCAUAUGACGCCUACAAGUAGUAAAGUGUUACCCAAUAAACGCUUCUCUUCAAAUAAUGUAAUUUCAACAGAAUGUUGUUUAAAAUCAGAUCUUAGUUUUGGUGUAAAUAAACACCUUAGCAGUUCUAAUAAGCAAAACUCUAUAUUACCGUGCAAACCAUUAGAAAACACUACUAACAAAUUUUUAAGUAAAGGAUCUGUAUCUAACAACAUUCACAGCAUGAAGAAUUCAUUACCUUUAAAUCUUUCCUUAAUUGAGAGUUCUGGGAAAGAAAACUAUCUGGAAGAUGAGCCGAUGGAUUUGAACCUGGCAGGGUCGAAUAUCUCAGUUCCUUUGAUGUCAACACAACGUUGCUCUUAUUCUGAAAUCGAACGGAAACGACAAGAAGCUCAAAUUCGAUUAAAGGAAAAGUUAAGAAAACGAAGAAAGUAGUUCAUUUUCUAUCAAUUAUCUUGUAAAUUUUUCUGUGAAGCCUUUUUUUUGGGACAAUUUUUUGUAUUACAAUUUUCCAAA